ACACACAAACCACGUUGGGCGCUUUAAAGAAGAGGAGGGAGCCCUGGGGGCCCAGGGCAGAAGAGGCGACCCAGGAGGCAGAGGAUGGGGAUGGUGGCUGCAGGAACAGCAGCAGCAGCAGCUCUUGGCUCCUUUGCCCGCCUCCUCUGCUCCUUCUCCUUCUGCCUCCACUUUCUCCUCCUGGAAGGGGCCAAGCUUAGCCCGGACCCGGACGCCCACAGCUGCCAACUCCAGAGGAAACAAAGUGAGUUGAACUCCUUCCUGUGGACUAUAAAGAGAGACCCUCCAUCAUACUUUUUUGGUACUAUUCAUGUCCCAUAUACUCGAGUCUGGGAUCAUAUUCCUGAGAAUUCAAAGAAAGCCUUCCAGCAGAGCCAUAUUGUCUACUUUGAGUUGGACCUUACGGAUCCCUACACUAUCUCUGCUCUGACAAGUUGCCAGCUGCUGCCGCAAGGUGAGAACCUUCAGGAUGUACUUCCAAGGGACCUGUACCGCCGACUCAAGCGCCACUUGGAAUAUGUCAAGCUCAUGAUGCCUUCUUGGAUGACCCCAGACCAGCGAGGAAAAGGCCUGUAUGCUGACUACCUCUUCAAUGCUAUAGCGGGCAACUGGGAGAGGAAAAGACCAGUGUGGGUCAUGCUUAUGGUGAAUUCUCUGACUGAAGUAGAUAUCAAGUCACGUGGUGUGCCUGUCUUGGAUCUCUAUCUUGCCCAGGAAGCUGAACGGCUCCAUAAAAAGACUGGGGCUGUAGAAAAAGUAGAAGAACAGUGCCACCCACUGAAUGGUCUAAAUUUCUCUCAGGUGAUCUUUGCUUUGAAUCAGACCCUUUUGCAGCAAGAAAAUCUCCGAGCAGGCAGCCUGCAGAUCCCUUAUACAACUGAAGACCUGAUCAAGCAUUACAACUGUGGAGACCUCAACUCCAUCAUCUUCAAUCAUGACACUUCUCAAGUCCCAAAUUUCAUCAAUGCCACUCUGCCGCCACAUGAACGCAUCACAGCUAUGGAGAUUGACAGCUACUUCCGGCAGGAGCUUAUCUACAAGCGGAACGAGCGGAUGGGCAAGAGGGUGAAAGAUCUGUUGGCAGAAUAUCCUGACAAAAGUUUCUUCUUUGCAUUUGGAGCUGGUCAUUUCAUGGGCAACAAUACAGUGAUAGAUGUUUUGAGGAGAGAAGGAUAUGAAGUUGACCAUACUUCUGCUGGAGAAGUCAUCAACAGUGGGAAGAAUCAAAAGGCAGUGUCUGGCCUCUCGUCGUCUUCCUCAGAAUACCCCUCUUAUGUCAUCUCCCAAGAUCUCCAUCCUCCCCAGCAAUAUCCACUGAAAGAGGAGGAGGAAGAAGAGGAGGAGGAUGAGCUCCUGCCUCAUUUGCUGCUGCCAGAAAGCAUUGACCUGCUGGAGAAAGUGGACAAGAAAUAUAAAAAGAAGAGGAAGAAGCAGCAGAAGAAACAACGUUUGCGCCAGUUCAAUGACCUCUGGGUACGCAUUGAGGAAAGUAUGACUGAUCCACCUCCGCGGAUCCGCAUAAUCAAUGGAUACAUCACUGUAGAACCCCAGCCGCGGGGACAUGGACGAUCCAGUCACAUCGAGGCGGAUCUGAACUCCUCCAGUGGGCUGUUUCUCUUUUUUUACACAUUGACAUUGACUUUGGUGCUGCCUACCAUAAUGGUGCUGAUGCAGAUGUGAAUCCUCACAAAGAACUGCAUACUCUGUUUUGGGGGAUUUUGGUGGGCAAAUGAAGAAUGACUUCUCUGAAUGGGAGAUCAUCUAUGUGGGUGUGUUUUUAGGCCUCAUCCUUUUCCUGAAUCUGGACCAUUUACAUGAUUAACUGGCUUGACUUUGCCCAAUACAGGAAAAGGUAUUUUUUAACGAAAGCCAUUUUUUUUAUCCUUCUCUUGCAGAAGAAAUAUUUCAUGUUAUCCCAUAAUGAUUUUGGGAGAUGUAUAUGUAACGUAGCUGUUAUUUAGCUGUAUGAAACUGAGUUAAAUGAAAUUGGUUUGGAAGUGUGUGUGUCAUUUUCUACAUUGUCUCUUGGCUGGGUGGUAAAGCAAAUUUUAAGCACCCGAAAGCAAUAACAACCUCAGUGGAAAUAAUAUUUCAGUCACAAUUAUACCAGCUAGAAUGUAAUGCUGUCAGCCCUUGGCAGAUACACACAACACCUUGGUGCUUUUUCUUGUGUACUUUCCAAAUGCUGCCCAUUCCCUCUUGCUUUCCCCCAGUUCCUUGUGACAAUAUCUCAUUCCUGGAACAGCUUUGUCUAUUAAAUGAUGGUGUGUUUGAUAGCUCUAAAGGUGGUUCCUCUCUUUGGUACAAUUUAAGGUAUCAUUUUGGUGCCUUUUUGAAAUAACAUUUUAGUGUCUGUUUGUAAUAAAUAAAUGCAUUAUCCCUCUUGUCCCUUGCAUAGGGUUGCUACAA